GAACGCCAAUAAAGGGGGCAAACUCCUCGCACGGAUGUUGAGAGGCACACAAAAUAGGGCACAAGUCCACACCAUCCGAACAGUGCAGGGUAAAACAACGCAGUUCCCAAAGGAAAUCGCAGACGAAUUUGAGAAGUUCUACACGAAACUAUACAACACACAUGAAGGAAACGACGGGCAAUCCCCAACCACGAG